AUGCAAUCUAAAGUGUGCAUCUUUCUGCUUUCUGCCCUUAUAUCAGGUGUGGUAUCAGUCACACAAAACGGUAACUUAAGCUUCAAUCGAGCCGGCAAUCCGUACAAGGAUAUGAAAGUUGUACUCCCCUUCUGGGAAGCUUGGCGUCAUUGUGAAAAACACGGGCUGCAGUUACCUUCAAUUACUUCGGAAGAAGACGCCAAUCAGUUCCUGCUGGCUAUUUCAGCGGAUAUAGAUGGACCAUGGUGGAUCGGGGGAGUCGAUCUUGGUGAGAAACCAGGAUCAUUUGUAUGGAUCCAUAAUGUGCAACCUGUAGAAAAUCCGAACGGAUACACAAAUUGGGGCCCGGGAGAACCCAACAAUGGAGGUGGUAUCGAACGCUGUCUUAUGUUUCAUCCAUGGUAUCUGCCCGGAAAAAUCGAGCCAAGUCAUAAACCCGUACGUGGACAUGAAAACUUGCUGAGCUUUUGGGCUGCUUGGCGUUACUGCGAAAGCCAGGGAAUUCCGAUGCCACAAAUCACCUCGGAUACCGAUUUCAACAACUACCGGCUUGCGACUUCCGCUGACAUGAACGGAAACUGUGGACCGGAGGAAUCGAUCUGGGAUCAACGGGAUCGUUCGUGUGGAUCAUCAACGUGA